AUGAACAAUGUUGAACGAAUAUCGGUCAUUAUCCCCAAAUUUAAACAACAAUUACUCUUUUUGGAAGAAAGAGAAAAAAUAUUUCGAACAAAUGUCGCUUCUACAGAACUUAACGAUUCAUUAGCAAUCAGCACGACUUCUCAAUCAUUGACAACUGCAACAGCAAAUUCUUCAAUAUCAGUUUUUGACAUUGAACCAUCGGCCGAUUGCUUACCGAAAUCGUCUACGAAUAAUUUUACAGAUAAUCAAUCUGAUGGUGGUACAAUUGCUUAUCAACAUUUUCCAGAUCAAUAUGAUAUUCCACCAUUACCAAAUAAUUUAAUGAAAGAUGUUGCUGAUGGAAUGUUAAUCAAAUUUGGUCCGCACUACUCGAAUCGACAAAUUCUCAUCGAUACUGUCUCUUACGAUCUCAUCAACAAGUAUAAACUUUUCUAUCCAUCACCGAAACAGUUCGAUCAAAUUGGAAGCGCUAUUGUGAAAUUCUUGAAGUUGCCCUUAACAAAAGAUAAUAUCUCGAUUUGGAAGGAUGCACUACAAACCAAGUUGAAACGAAAGCGAUCAGAGCAUUCCGAUAAUACACUUCUGCAGGAUUAUCGAUCAAAAUAUUCCCGACUUGGAUCAGGAAGACCUGUCAAGCGACGAAUCAAUGAAAUAGCACAACGCGAUCGAUACAAACAAAUGAUGAUAAUACCAUAUAACGAUCACAUUGCGAACGAUAUCGACACAAAAGUAAAUCAAUUACACGAUGUGUCUCAGCUUGAUACUGAAAUAAAAUUGAACUUGUGGAGACAAACAUUUCCAUAUCGCCGUGAAUAUAUACGAAAUCAAACAACGGCUGAAAUCAUUCAAAAGUUCCCUGGCUAUUCCGAUUCAGUUUUGAUUUUCGAAGAAAUCAAACUGCUGCUACAGAUUGACUUAGCUGGUGCUAUUCGACGACAAACACAGAUAAUUUUAGAUAAAAUCGUUUCGUCACCAGCAUUUGUAACAGAUUCAGCUCCAAUUCGAUUAAUGAAAGUCUUGUGCAGAGAGUUCGGUGAAACGAUCCAACAUUUACUUUCUGAUAAUGAACCUUCGACGCCAUAUCCAACGUUAGUUUGUAUCGACGAUACGAUUCAUGUCUACGUAGACUUUACUUCUAUCGUCUCGACUGAUUCACCAGAUGAUGCUGUUGCACUGCUGAUUGCUAUGUAUACGAUAUUUGAAUUGUCUUUCGACAAGAAAAGUCGAACCGUUCGACUUCUGUAUGCAGCACUGCACGCAGAGACGAGAUAUUUGACAAAUUCCGUUCGAGUAUUAAUCAAAGAUAAAAAUAUCGACAUUUACGCCGAGAAACAACAUCAUAAUCAACAACAACAAAACCAAACCAUACCGAUUUCGCCAUCGAAUUCUUCAACAACACAUGAAAACGAAUCUGAACCAACAGUACAAAUUGAAAUACAUUCGUCUGCUGAUCUCCCAAUCCAAGAUAAUCUUCUCGUGUCGAAUCAGUUAAUUGGAACAACAUCAUUAAGUGACGAUCGGGGUACAAAUCCAAGCGCAUCUGUUGAUACAUACGAGAACAGUGAAGGUGUCGAGAACACAUCAUCGCCACAAUCGAAAUUUCAAUCUCAGUCGACAUCUUAA